AUGAGCAAUACAGGAUAUCUCGCCAAGGCGCUCGGUGCCGCGGUUCGGAAGGUCGUGCCUUUGCAGGAUGAUAGCGAAGCGGAAGAGGCGGAAGGCGGCAGGCGUCCCUCAGCUUCUCGGAUGUCGUCAGUGACGCUCGCCGAGCAUGUGCGCUGCCCACCACUGAAUAUUGUAAUCAUGGUUAUCGGAUCACGCGGAGACGCACAGCCUUUCUUGAAAGUUGGAAAAGUUCUAAAGGAAAACUACGGGCACCGAGUCAGAAUAGCAACGCAUCCCGCUUUCCGUGAAUUUGUCGAAAAGGACUCGGGCUUGGAAUUCUUCUCGGUUGGUGGUGACCCAGCUGAGCUAAUGGCUUUCAUGGUCAAGAACCCGGGCAUGAUACCAACACUAGAGAGCGUCAAGGCUGGAGAUAUCGGGCGCCGACGGGCUGCAAUGGCGGAAAUGUUCGAGGGCUUCUGGAGGGCUUGCAUCAACGCCACAGAUGAUGAAAAGGACAUAAGGAAUGUUAAGAUGAUGGGCGAGAAGGAUCCGUUCGUGGCAGAUGCUAUCAUCGCUAACCCGCCGAGCUUUGCCCACAUUCACUGUGCUGAAGCACUCGGCAUCCCACUGCAUCUAAUGUUCACGUUCCCCUAUACACCAACCCAAGCAUUCCCACACCCACUAGCAACUGUCAAGAAAUCAAACGUCGAUCCGGGAUAUACCAACUUCAUUUCAUAUCCUCUGGUCGAAAUGAUGGUAUGGCAAGGACUUGGAGAUCUUGUCAACGACUUCAGAGUCAAGACUCUAGGGCUCGACCCGGUUUCGACCUUGUGGGCUCCUGGCGCCACGUAUCGUCAGCAUGUGCCUUUUACCUACAUGUGGAGUCCUGGCCUUGUACCAAAACCGGAAGACUGGGGCAAAGAAAUAGACAUCUCCGGCUUCGUAUUCUUGGAUCUUGCCUCGACAUUCAAGCCACCUGAUGCUUUGACAAAAUUCCUGGAUUCUGGAGAGCCGCCUAUCUAUAUUGGGUUUGGGUCCAUUGUCGUGGAUGAUGCCGAGCGGUUCACAGAGAUGAUAUUCGAAGCCGUUAAGCUGGCGGGCGUCCGCGCUCUAGUCUCGGAGGGAUGGGGUGGACUGGGCUCCAAGAAUGUCCCUGAGAAUAUAUACAUGUUAGAGAACACGCCACAUGACUGGCUAUUUCCCCGGAUUAAGGCCUGUGUCAUCCAUGGUGGUGCCGGUACAACGGCUAUUGCACUCAAAUGUGGCAAGCCAACCAUGGUUGUACCUUUCUUCGGCGACCAGCAUUUUUGGGGCAGCAUGAUUGGGCGAGCAAAGGCUGGGCCAGAGCCAGUCCCUUACAAGAGCUUGACUGCCGAGAAGCUGACUGAGGGCAUCAAAUACUGCCUGACUGAAGAAGCCAAGAGCGGCGCAGAAGAUAUUGCCAAGUGUAUUGAGUUGGAGGGAGAUGGCGCUGAGAACGCCUGCAAAGCCUUUCAUAAGCACCUGGUUCUUUCGGGAAAGCACUCGAUGCGAUGCUCAGUUCUCGAUGAUCGCGUGGCAGUUUGGAAAUUGAAGAACACGAACUUGAAACUGAGUGCCUUGGCAGCAGAUAUGCUGGUCCAAAAAGGGGCGCUUAAUUGGAAGAAGCUACGCCUUACAAGACACAAUGAGUGGAAUGACUUUGAAGGACCAGGCGAACCGGUGACCGGCAUUGCGGGUUCGCUGAUUGGAUCUGUUGGUGAAGUCUUCGGUGGUAUAGGGGGUGUUCCAGCUCGGCUAGCGAAGACUUCGAAUAAGAGGAAAGAACGCAAAGAAGAAAGGAAGAAGAGGCACGAAGCGAAGCGGAAAGCUAAACAAAAGGUCUUAGCGAACGGUGCAGCAACAAAAACUAAGGUUGAUCAGCCAGAGAUCGCUAGAACGGAUCAGCUAACAGGAGGGGAGGAGCAACGGACAGACAGCGGGAGGACACAAAAUGACGGGCAAGUGAUCGGUGGCCAGCUUGCAGAUGACGCGUCAAUUCACACUGCAACUACAAAUGGGACCGCCGAAGACAACGCAGCCGAAGACUUUGCAGCUGAAGUUGGAAAGGGCGUGGGCAUGACAGCUCAAGCACUUGCCAAAGCCCCAGUUGAUUUAUCACUCGCAGUAGCUCAAGGAUUCCAUAACGCACCCCGACUUUAUGGCGACGACACAGUCAGACGUCCGCCUCGUGUGACGGGCAUCAAAUCCGGUCUACAUGCCGCGCGCUAUGAGUUCGUCUAUGGCAUAUACGACGGCUGGACUGGCCUUGUCCGGCUGCCAGCGAGGGGUAUCAGCUCAGGUGGUGGUGUCCGGGGAUUCGCCAAGGGCGUCGGUAUGGGCUCUUUGGGCUUUGUACUCAAAGACAUCUCCGCUAUUGUAGGGCCAAUAGGUUAUACGCUCAAAGGGGUGAAGAAGCAGAUCGAGCGCAGCAAACAGCCGUAUAAGUACAUUCGGCGCGCGCGCAUAGCCCAGGGUCAGAGAGAGCUUCACAGUCUUAGCGACGACGAGCGGAUGGCGAGAGCGCGAACUGUUGAAACGGGCUGGGAGGUCAUGAAAGCGUUAUGGGGGGCUGUAGAGAGGCAAGAAAAGGAGCAAGGCGGACUGAAAGGGCGCUUCAGCUUGAAGAAAAAGCAAGCCUUGUGUGAUGCGUUUGAGAGUGUCGAGAUCGCGGAGAAGGCGCUGGACGCCAUGAAACGCGGCCAAUCUCUGGAGGACGCCGUCAAGGAAGCGCGUAAGUCGGAGGAAGUCGUUCGAGGGAAGAGAAAGUCCGCCGAUGGAAGGGCUAAGUCGACUGAUAAGAGGAGAUCGCACGAUAAGGGUCGAGAUCCUGACGAUAUAAGUGGCAAAUAG